CUUCUUCAUCAUAUAUAGAAUUGAUAUCAUUAAAUUAAAUGUUAUAAUAAUAAUAAUAAUAAAAUUAUUUAAAAUGCAAAUACGACCAUUAUCAUUAUCGAUGAGGAUUUACUUUCGUCUAUCAUCAUCAAUGCGAGCAGCAUUAACAAAAUCAUAUUCUACAAAAUUUAAAAAUGACAUUGAGAAUCAUCAUCAACAGGACCAGAUUACUGCCGAAUCAAUUGUUGAAAGAAUAAAAAAUUAUUCACAACUUAAACAAGGUAAAGAAUUUCGGAUAAGGCCACCCAUUGUAACCAUAAUGGGUCAUGUUGAUCAUGGUAAAACAACAUUACUUGAUUCGAUUCGUAAAUCCGAACUAGUCAAACAAGAACAUGGUGGUAUUACGCAACAUAUCGGUGCAUUUGUUGUAUCCCUUCAAGAUGAUAAAAAUAUACGACAAAGUAGAAUCGAAGAUCUGGUUGUCUUUCUUGAUACACCAGGUCAUAAAGCGUUUAGUUCGAUGCGUGAACGUGGUGCAUUAGUAACCGAUAUUAUUGUAUUGGUCGUUGCGGCAGAUGAUGGUGUUAUGGAACAAACAAUCGAAUCGAUAUCUUUUGCACAGAAAUCACAAGUUCCCAUUAUCGUUGCCAUUAAUAAAAUUGAUAAAAUUCAAAAUAAUCCAGAUUUAAUUGAAAAUGUCAAAUUUGGUCUAAAAUCACAAGGUAUCGUUCUUGAAGAAGAUGGUGGUGAUAUUCAAUCGAUCAAAAUAAGUGCACUUAAAGGUGAAGGUAUCUAUGAAUUGAAAGAAGCAAUCAUUGCAUUAGCAGAAACAUUAGAACUACGAGCACCGAUUGAUGGAAAUGUUGAAGGUUCAAUCAUCGAAUCCAGUAUCCAUCCACAUCGUGGCCGUUUGACAACCAUUCUCGUUCAACAAGGAACAUUAAAACGAAGUGAUAUUCUAAUCAGUACAAAUAGCCGUAAUGGUAAUGUUAGCUGGGCAAAAGUUCGUGCUAUGUUUGAUGAAUAUGGUCAAGUAAUCAAUGAAGUUCAGCCUGGAUUUUCGGCUCAGGUUAUCGGAUGGCGUGAUGAUACAUUACCCGAUGCCGGUGAUCAGGUUUGGCAAUUCAAUUCGGAAAAACAAGUACGAGAUAUAUUAGGAAUGAGUAAAGAACUAGAACGACAAAUUCGAUUAUCAAUCGAUGCAAAAGCUAUCGAACAAAAACGUGAAGAACAUGAUACUGUUUAUAAGACAGAAUUGGCUGCUCGGCGUGAAGCCGGUAUCCGUUAUAAACGUAAACGUUCAUCGAUUCCACGUACGAAAUUAAUUCAAACUGAAGGUGAUGAAUUUAAAACAAGUAUUGUAUUGAAAGCUGAUGUUAACGGUAGUCUAGAAGUUCUAUUGGAUUUAUUUGAUUCAUAUCCAAAUGAAACAAGUCCAGCUAAAUUAAAUCUAAUCCAUUAUGGUCUUGGUAAUGUAACCGAAAAUGAUAUUGAAUUAGCAUCAUGUUUUCCAAAUGGAAUGAUCUAUACAUUCAAUGUAGGUGUAUUUACACCGGCCCUUUUAAAACAUGCAAAAGAAUUAAAUAUUCCUAUUAAACGUUUCAAUGUGAUUUAUCAUCUUGUUGAUCAUCUUAAAGAAACUUUACAAGAACGAAUGCCAUUCGUUGAUAAAGAAGAAAUUCUUGGCGAAGCAAUUGUCAUACAAGAAUUUGUUGUCAAUGAUAAAAAGAAAAAAGUUCCCGUAGCUGGAUCAAGAUGUUCAAAAGGAAUAUUGAAAAAGAAUGCCUUAUAUAAAUUGAUUCGAAAUGGACAUAUUAUAGCUAAAGAUUUAAAAUUAUCAUCAAUGCGUCAUCAUAAAGACGAAGUGGAUACGAUUAAAAAAGAUUUCGAUUGUGGUCUAAUGAUUGCCGACAAUAUUAUUUCGAAUAAAAGCGGUCAAGUUAUUCGAUUUCAAUCACAAGAUUUACUCAUCUGUUAUCAGCUAGUGAAUGUUCAUCUUCCAUUACAAUGGAAACCGAAAGGAUUUUAGCCAACUCAUUGUCAAUCUUUUUUUUCCCCUGUUUAUUCAAUGUUUUUUUUUCAUUUCUUUAGGUUUUUUUCUUUCUUUCAUUGUUGAAUUU